AUGCGAAGUUGCACAGACCGACUGAGUGCGGCUCACGUGAAAUCAACUCCCAUAGCGCACAGGCGAUAUCUGGCGCUCAAUUUGGUUGUUGGUUUCGUCUUGAAAACUGCAAUACUCCGAGCCAAGAUGGAUGAACAUAGUACAAACGCCGGUUUCUUUGCCGCUUUGGACGGAGCCACCUUGCGUAUCCAAGUGACAGAUUCCAUCAAAGUGAUGAUGGCCUUUGACAGUAACUCACACUUGGCAAGUGCAGCAAUCGACUACACUUUGGCACAUUUAUCUAAUUCUUCGACGACUGAUGCCUGGGAGUUCGAGUCAAGCCUUGUCAUUUCUUGGCCAGGUCCACUGCUUCCACCGCCAAUAGAACUGGUUGCUGCACAGUCUAAUGGAGCUGAUUCCUCGAAUCCGUCGACAACUUGCAAACCAGGUUCCUGGUACCGUCGAAGAAAGAUGUAUCGAGAGGGUCCCAACAAACUUAUUCUUUAUCCGGAUGAUUUAAUCUUUGUGAAAACAGCCAGAGAGCCCCGACCGACAGCUCCACUCAUCAGCAGUGAAUAUCCAAUGGCCGUCCCGGGAUUUGAACCCCGGACAUCUGACACGCGAGGCGAGCGUGCGAACGUGUUCGCACUUGAGCGGCGUGAUUGGUGUGCCCAACUCAACGAACGACGACCCAGUAACUGUCCUGGUUGUGACGAUCGAUUGACCCGCCAGUCAGGACUUCCCACUCAACCUGAGAAGCGGAUAUAUUUUACUAUUACUGUCUCCUUUGUUCCCAUAUUCUAUUUAAAAACCCAAACACAGAGUAAUCCCGACUUGCGUUUUCCGACUUUGAGCACUGAGCUGAAGCCUAAUGCGAGCAUUCCUAGUCGAAAUGGACUCCAGGUGGAGGAUCCCAGCAAAUCUCUGGCAUCAGUGAUCAGUGGAGACGGAAUAAGUGACACAAAUGCUGCUCGGUACAACAACGGUCUUGUCUACGUAAAACGUCUCAACUUGGAGAAUGCAACUUUGAAAGGAAAAUUUUUGGACACGGUUCGGACACUUCGGGAGAUCCGUCAUGAAAACAUUAAUCAGAUGAUUGGCUGCUACAACGGUCUUGUCUACGUAAAACGUCUCAACUUGGAGAAUGCAACUUUGAAAGGAAAAUUUUUGGACACGGUUCGGACACUUCGGGAGAUCCGUCAUGAAAACAUUAAUCAGAUGAUUGGCUGCUACGUAGAUAUCAGCUCACUGUGCAUUGUCUUUGAACACUGUAGCAGAGGGAGCCUACUGGACGUUAUCAAAAAGGAGUCUAUCACGCUUGACUGGGAAUUCAAACUAUCUCUUAUUACUGACGUUGUGAAGGGAAUGCGAUUUCUUCAUGCCAGCCCAGCAAAAAAACACGGAUGGCUCAAGUCCAGCAACUGUUGCGUGGACGGUCGAUGGGUCGUCAAGAUAACAGAUUACGGUUUGCCUGAUAUGUAUGCCGUUUAUGGUGAGAGCAGGAAGAUUGAUGAUAAAGAACUACUUUGGACAGCUCCAGAACAUCUGCGCGAAUCCCCAUUGGUUUAUAUGGGAAGUCAAAAGGGAGACGUGUAUUCGUUUGCAAUUCUAAUGCAAGAGAUUAUUACCAGGAGUGCGCCGUACAGUAUGCUCGAAUUGGCACCAUCUGAGGUUCUAUCGAAACUUAGACGUCCCCCGCCGCUUUGUCGUCCGAAGGUUACGCAAUCCGAAGCGCCACCUGCAUACAUUGAGUUUAUGAAGCGUGCUUGGGCUGAGACUCCACUCAUGAGACCAUCCUUCGAAGAAAUACACCAACAACUCCGAGAGCUGAACAAAGGAAAGAAAAUCAAUAUCGUGGACCAUAUGUUCAAAAUCAUGGAAAAGUAUUCUGCUGACCUGGAGGAUCAGGUUCGAGAACGGACAGAAGAGUUGGAAACAGAAAAAAAGAAAACUGAACUGCUUAUUGCGCGAAUGCUACCCGCAGUUUGGAUUAUUGCCACUGAGCUUGUGGACGGACACAACAUUCUAUUUUCUCUCGUUCCACCCUACAGUGUUGUGGCUGAAAACCUCAUGUCCGGUAGACCUGUUGAGCCGGAGGCUUUUGACGAAGUCACUAUCUACUUCAGUGAUAUCGUUGGAUUCACGACUAUCUCAGCCAUGUCCACGCCUCUUCAAGUGGUUGACUUGUUGAAUGAUCUAUACACGAUGUUUGAUUCAACGAUUGACUACUACGAUGUGUAUAAGGUGGAAACCAUUGGAGACGCGUACAUGGUUGUGUCGGGACUCCCUACUCGUAAUGGCAGACUGCACGCUGGAGAAAUAGCCACCAUGGCAUUGGAUCUGCUCAGUCAGUGUGGGACGUUUGUAAUUCGUCACAUGCCAAAUAUGCCACUGCGACUGCGGAUCGGACUGCAUUCCGGUCCGUGCGUUGCCGGUGUUGUAGGUCUAACGAUGCCUCGCUAUUGCCUGUUUGGAGACACCGUUAACACAGCGUCGAGGAUGGAAUCCACCGGAGCAGCAUUUCGAAUCCAUGUGAGUCCUACAACAAAAGAAAUUCUGGACGACCUUGGUGGUUAUCAUUUGGAACUUCGAGGAAAGGUAACUCUGAAAGGCAAAGGUGAAGUCGACUCCUUUUGGUUGGUCGGAAAAGACGGCUUCAGCAAGCCACUUCCCAUCCCACCUGAGAUUCAUGAAUUGGCCUCAUUGAUAAAUCCGGAAGAACUAAAAGUUCUCGCUGGAACAACAUCAAAUAAUGAUGAUACAACCACACACAAAGGAUCAGCACCGGCGAACAUGUCACCUAACGAAGGCACCGAAAGGCGUUCGAGUGGGAUAUCGAUGAAUCUACCCGGAAUGGACGUUUCACGACUGAAUACAACACAUAGAUAUGCUGGCCAUACAAACUAA